AUGGCAACGGCUUCUCCUCCAUUUAUCUCAUCUCUCAACUUCACUUGCACUUCUUUCAAAACCAGUCUCGCUUCUUCUUCUUCUUCUUUUUUUACUCCGAACCUUCUUCGGCCCCUUUUGAGUCUUUCCGUGAAAGCUUCCAGAAAGCAAGUAGAGAUAGUGUUUGAUCCUGACGAGAGGCUUAAUAAGAUAGGCGAUGACGUUGACAAAGAAGCUCCCUUGUCAAGACUUAAGCUCUUCUCACCUUGCAAGAUCAAUGUUUUCUUGAGGAUAACUGGCAAAAGGGAAGAUGGGUUUCAUGAUUUAGCCUCUUUGUUUCAUGUGAUUAGCUUAGGAGACACAAUCAAAUUCUCAUUGUCACCAUCGAAAUCGAAAGAUCGUCUCUCAACCAACGUCUCUGGAGUCCCUGUAGACGCCAGGAAUCUUAUUAUAAAAGCACUUAGCCUUUACAGGAAGAAAACUGGUAGUACCAAGUUCUUCUGGAUUCAUCUAGACAAGAAGGUGCCUACCGGUGCUGGACUCGGUGGUGGAAGCAGUAAUGCUGCGACUGCACUCUGGGCGGCGAAUCAGCUCAACGGAGGUAUUGUCAGUGAGAAGGAACUCCAGGAAUGGUCAAGUGAAAUUGGGUCAGAUAUUCCUUUCUUCUUCUCACAUGGAGCUGCUUAUUGUACCGGGAGAGGUGAGAUUGUCCAAGACCUUGCUCCUCCUUUUCCUAUUGAUCUUCCUAUGGUGCUUAUAAAGCCACGAGAAGCAUGUUCCACUGCUGAAGUGUACAAACGUCUUCGUUUAGAUCAGACGAACAACAUUGAUCCCUUGACAUUACUGGAGAAGGUCACCAGUAACGGUGUAUCUCAAAGCAUUUGCGUAAACGAUUUGGAACUGCCAGCAUUUAAUGUUCUUCCAUCUCUUAAACGAUUGAAGCAGCGUAUAAUAGCAUCUGGGCGCGGCCAAUAUGAUGCCGUCUUUAUGUCCGGGAGUGGAAGCACCAUUGUUGGUAUCGGUUCACCAGAUCCUCCGCAGUUUAUCUACGACGAUGAAGAAUACAAGAAUGUGUUCUUGUCUGAGUCAAACUUUAUGACUCGGGAGCCUAAUGAAUGGUACAAAGAACCUGCUUCUGCAACUGCUACUACCUCAUCAUCCGAGUCUCGCCUGGAGAUUGUCAAUGAGAUGUAA